AUGUCUGACAGCCGAUCCUACGGAGAAGGCGGUCCUUACAGAUCCGAUGAUGCACCACAAAAUGGUAAAUACAGCCAACAUCCCGGAAUUGCGAAGGUCCAACAGGGUCUCGACGAGGCUCAGGAGGUAAUGCGUAAGAAUGUCGUACUGGGAACGGAACGGGGCGGCAGGUUGGACAACUUAGAGGGCUCAACUGGCCACCUUCAGGAGUCUUCGGGACAAUUCGCUCGGGGCGCCAACAGAGUUCGCAAACAGAUGUGGUGGAAGGACAUGAAGAUGCGAAUGUGUCUGAUUGCUGGCAUCAUUAUUCUCCUGCUUGUCAUCAUUAUUCCUUCUGUUGUUGCGACUCGCCAUUAA